UGCAACUUUCACGUUGGCGACGAGACUGUUGGUGGCCACUUGGUGUCUGAUGGCUGUUGUAUUCAUCAACUCUUACACCGGAAUUUUAGUUUCCUAUUUAAUGGCUCCGAAAUUCCUGCCGUUGAUCACCACAGUCCAAAGUUUAGCGGAUAGCCGGGAGAUCUCCGUAGCGGUGUCCAAACACACAUCAGUGGAAGCUGCACUAUUUGCUGCAACGUCCGGACCGUUGGCUAAAAUUGGCGAUCAGCUCCGAGCUCACCCUGAAGACCGGUUGACAACCUUGGAGAACAUCGAAGAUAAAAUCUUUUAUCAGGGGAAAGCAUUUGCUCACGAAGAAACGACGCUGUUUGUGCGAAUCCACGAUGAUUUGUUAUCUACUAGACAUUGUCGCCUAGCGAUAGCCAAGGAGCCGCUUUUCUCAGAUCAGCAAGCCCUUGCCUUGCCCAAAUCAAGUCCCCAAACAAGCUUAUUUAACUACGAGAUUGUAUGGCUACAACAAAUGGGUUUGUUGAACUAUUGGCGAGCUAGCUUCUUGCCGAAACCAAACCGGUGCUCAGCUCCGGUUCCUACUUUGCGCUCAACUCCCACUGAAAAAUUAACACUAGAUAAUCUUUUGAGUGCUUUCCUGCUCUACUUUGUUGGCGUCGUUGCUUCGGUCUUGGCUUUUGCUUUGGAGCUCAUUUCUCGGAAAUACAGAAAUCCCAUUAAAAUAGACGAAGCUAGUAGGCCCAAUGAGUCUGUAAUACAACUUUAAUCGAAUUCGUAAAGUGCACUCGUGUUACAUAGUCUCAUAAUAGGUUUAAACUGUAUAACAAAUUUAAUGCAAUGCAAAUAGAAAUUGUAAUUGUAAGAGUCAUGGAUUUAGACCGAAGUUACACACAUUAAAACUACUUUUGUGCAUUUCAAUAUUUUAAUUCGAAACACUU